CUCCUCAGCUGAAUUUGGGGUAUUGACUUAAAACCUCCAACAUUUCACCGUUUCUCUCCCCGUUUUUAGGUGUAAUUUUGACAUGAAGAAAGGCUGAGAGAAUUGGGAGUGUUCAGCCUGGAGAAGAGAAGCUCCAGGGUGAGAGGCACUCUCCAAAAUCCACCAUGAUUUCUCUCUUUGAGUCCGAGUUCCUGAAUGUCAUCAUCGGGGCCGUGUGCGGCGUGUGCCUGGGCUGGGUCAUCCGGGGGAGGCUCCGCAGGAAGCCUGGAGCUGGAAUAAUGCCAGAUCCUUCCAACAGCCUGGGGGGCGAGGCUGACAUCAUGGGAGAGUCUGGGGAGCUCAAGUUGGUGCUGAUCGUCCGCAAUGACCUGAAGAUGGGCAAGGGCAAAGUAGCAGCACAGUGCUCCCAUGCUGCUGUCUCUGCCUACAAGCAGGUUCACAAAAGGAAUCCUGAGCUCCUGAAGCAGUGGGAAUAUUGUGGACAACCUAAAGUGGUCCUCAAAGCUCCUGAUGAAGAGACUCUGGUGCAGCUCCUGGCUGAGGCAAAGCGCCUGGGGCUGACUGUGAGCUUGAUACAGGAUGCUGGGCGUACUCAGAUAGCUCCAGGCUCCAGGACAGUCCUUGGGAUCGGACCAGGACCAGCUGAUGUCAUAGAUAAAGUUUCUGGUCACCUUAAACUCUUCUAAACUGGUACCAAAAAGACCUGGAUGUGUUCAUGUAUGUGUCAGUACUGAAGGGAUAAAAAUCCAAGUUGGGCUUUUUUCCCUUAUCUUCCCUUGUUAAUAAAAUAAGCAAGUUUUUUAAGAUUUAAAUUUGUAAA